AUGGAUUUCUCCUUAGUCAUCUACGGAUUUACAGCAAUUUUAAUAAUUUACGCUUUUGACAAGUUCCUAAAAUGGCGCCAUUUUGUCAAUACUGUCAAUCGCAUUCCCGGACCAAAAUCUUAUCCCAUCAUCGGUACAAUGUGGGAAACGAUGAACGCAAAACGUGAUGAGAUUUUUGACAUUAUGAAGAAACGCACCGAAACCUAUGGACCAAUUCAUCGUUUGUGGACCUCGGGAUUUGCUGAUAUCAGAAUAGAUCGUGCUGAAUAUGUCGAGAAAGUUCUCAAAUCGACGACAAAUAUCAAAAAAAGUCAAUUUUACGAUUAUGAGUUCAGAAAGUGGCUUGGCAAUGGUCUCAUUACAUCUACAGGCGAACAGUGGCAUAUGCAUCGUAAAUUCUUGACGCCAACCUUUCAUUUUAGCAUAUUGGAGGGAUUCUGUGAUGUCUUUGCUGAAAAAUGUCAAAUCAUGGUCGAAAAACUGAAAAAAGUUGCUGAUACGGGAAAAGUUGUAGACAUUUUUGACUAUGUGAACCUUUGUGCUCUUGAUAUAAUUUGCGAAACUGCUAUGGGCAUACAAAUGAAUGCGCAAGAGACCGGCGAAAGUGAAUAUACGGAUGCUAUUAAAGAAAUUGCAACUGUCAAUGCGUGUAGAUAUUUUAAACCCCAUUUGCGUUACGAAUGGAUUUUCGCUUUGACAAGUUAUGGAGCAAGAAGUCGUAAAGCUCUCAAAACCCUCAAUGAUUUCACGGAAAAAGUAAUAAAAGAACGAAAAGCUUUGAGAAAAGAACUUUCCAAUUCAGGAGAAGCUGAAACGGGCAAGAAACGAAAAAUGUUUUUAGAUCUCGUGCUGGAUGAAACAGAAAAGCGUCCUUUUUUCACUGACAAAGAUAUCCGGGAAGAAGUUGACACCUUUAUGUUCGCUGGGCAUGACACAACAACAGUUGCCAUGUCUUUCGCGCUCUAUUUGAUCGGAUUACAUCCAGAAGUGCAAGAAAAACUUUACCAAGAGCAACUUGAUAUUUUUGGAGACUCCAAAGAGCUUCCGACUUACAAGAAUUUGUCAGAAAUGAAAUACAUGGAUAUGGUUAUGAAAGAAAGUUUGAGAGUUCUUCCGACAGUUCCAAGAGUUUCACGUCGAAUAACCGAAGAAUUCGAAGUUGAUGGUUACACAAUUCCAGUAGGAGCGAGUGUUUCUAUCGGAAUUUAUGGAUGUAGUCGUGAUGAGAGAUAUUUUCCGGAUCCAGAAAAAUUCGAUCCUGAUCGCUUUUUGCCGGAAAACAAGAAAAACUUGCAUCCAUACGCUUUCAUUCCCUUCAGUGCUGGGUUACGAAACUGCAUUGGACAAAGAUUUGCACAACUCGAAGAGAAAGUUAUCCUUUCCAUGAUGAUCAGGAAUUUUAAGAUCACGUCGCCGGUACCUCUUAAGGAUAUGAAAUAUAUUCAGGAGAUCGUUUCACGUCCUAUUGAUGGCGUUAAAUUAAUUUUGGAGAAACGUGAAUAAUUUUGAGAAUUUUUUUAAAAGAAAUUUUAGUUGAAAAUCGAAAAAAUUAAGUCAAAU